AUGGGCGCACGACGAGGCCAGCUCUCCUCUCACUCCGCAGCGCUGAUCGCAUUCGUGGUCGUCUUCCUCCUUACGGCUUUGCAUCUCCGACCAUUCUCGAGACGUGAUCCCUCAUCUUUAUUCUUCGAUCCAGUCAGCGCCUUUGAGCCAUCGUACUCGGCGCUCCGGACACAGCAAGCCAUAGAUUAUGUGGACGCGGUAUCUGCAAAUCCGCAAAAGUAUGCGCGGCCUGUGAGCAGAAAUCCCGAAUUGGCCAUUGGCAUUGGAACGGUCCAAAGGGAAGAAGUACAAUAUGUCAAAGCUGCUGUGGGAUCGCUGCUUCACGGCCUCACCAAAGAGGAACGGAACCAAUUCCAUCUCUCCUUCUUCAUCGCCCACACCGACCCGAACCUCCAUUCCGCAUUUAAUGAGUCAUGGUUUCAUACACUCGCGGAUCGCAUCAUAAAAUAUACUGAUGCCCCGGCAGAGGUUCUUGAUCGCGCUUUCUUCUACGAGCAGAACGACCCAUAUCAUCAGGUCAAGCCGCUACUCGAUUACGCGAAACUGCUCCAGGACGGCUACGACUUGGGCGCGCCGUAUGUUUUAGUUCUCGAGGACGAUGUUCUCGCAAUGGACGGUUGGUUGCAUCGAAGUCUUACGGCGCUCAGACAACUUUCCCUUCGGCCUAAGGAUAAAGCUUCGACUCUCUACAUUCGAUUGUUCUACAACGAGCGGAUUCAAGGCUGGAACUCGGAGAAUUGGGCGUCGUAUUUGUUCCGGUCUGUUCUCGUUGCAGUCGGGACUGUGAUUGUGAUGCUUGUUCUACGGCACUCGUCGAAUCCCUACUUGGCUCGUUUCCUCUCAGGUCCGACGAUGCUCGUAGUCCUGUUUGUCAUCCUGCCCUCUUGCAUAGGGUUUUAUUUCGCCUCUGGACGUCUGACGGUCGCGCCUUUACCUCUCGGACUGCAACAUAUGGAGAAAUACGGAUGUUGCUCCCAAGCUUUGAUUUUCCCACGCGAAGCCAUUCCGGGUCUGAUCAAAUUUUAUCAGGACUCCCAACAAGGUUUUGUCGACAGUUUGAUCGAGUCUUAUGCCGACGAGACGGGAUUACAGCGCCUGGCUCUUGUCCCGAGCGUGUUCCAACAUAUCGGAGGAAGCAGCUCGAAGGGAGGGAACAAGAAGCCAUUGACGAGAUGGGGAAGAACCUCGCCGCAGAAUAUCUGGAACUUUGGAUUUGAAUUGCUGGAUCCGAGCAAAUUGAAGAAGGAGCAUGAGAGGCAAGCGGAGUAA